AUGGCGGCCGCCGCGCUCCCGGGGGGUCUGUGGUGGCUGCGGCCCGCGCCCCGCGCCCUGCGGCCCCUCGGCGCCGCCCCGCGACCCCCCUGCGCCGCCCCGCGGACCCCCUGCGCCGCCCCGCGGACCCUCUGCGCCGCCGCCGCCGCCGCCGCGCGGCCAAGUCCCCAACCAGGGCCACCAGCAAGAACGUCCAGACCGGACAGGCCUCUCCGGAGAAAGGCGCUGCCCCCCAGGACAGAGAAGAUGGCCGUGGACCAGGACUGGCCGAGCGUGUACCCCGUGGCAGCCCCGUUCAAGCCCUCGGCCGUGCCCCUCCCCGUGCGCAUGGGCUACCCCGUGAAGAGGGGCGUGCCCAUGGCCAAGGAGGGCAACCUGGAGCUCCUCAAGGUUCCCAAUUUCCUGCAUCUGACUCCCGUGGCAAUCAGAAAGCACUGCCAGGCUCUCAAAGACUUCUGCACCGAGUGGCCGGCGGCUCUGGACACCAGCGAGAAGUGCGAGAAGCAUUUCCCCGUGGAGGUGGAGACGGCCGACUACGUCUCGUCGGGGCCGUCCAUCCGGAACCCCAAGGCGCGGGUGGUCACGUUGAGGGUUAAACUUUCCAGUUUGAAUUUGGAUGAUCAUGCGAAGAAAAAAUUGAUUAAGCUUGUGGGAGAGCGGUACUGCAAGAGCACAGACGUGCUCACCAUCAGGACGGACAGGUGCCCGCUAAAGAGACAGAACUAUGAUUACGCAAUGUACUUACUAACGGUCCUGUACCACGAGUCCUGGAAAACGGAGGCGUGGGAGCAGAGCAGGGGUGAGGCCGACGCGGACGAGUACACGUGGGAGAACAGCCCGUCGGAGCGGACCGUCCUGGACACGCUGCAGCGCAUGGCGCCUGCGGACGUGGCCCCGCGCGCCCGCCACGACCUGCUGGCCUCCCGCGAGGUGGCCGAGUACCGGGAGGCGGUCGUGGGCCUGAAGAACGCGGGCGACAGUGAGGCGGGCCUCUCCCGGUACAAGGAGUCAGUGAAGAGGCUCCUGGGGCUGCCGUGAGCGGGGGCGCCGGCCUCUCCCGCCCGCGCCCGGGCCCAGGGUCGGCGGAACU